AUGAUAUAUAAUACAGAGAAAAUCUUUUAUCUGAAAGAAUCAAUUCCACAUACGUGGCUGUUUCCUCAACUGUCAGCUGCUAUUCAUCAUGGUGGUGCCGGAACGACUCAUACUAUUUUACGUUAUGGUCUACCAACGUUGAUCAUUCCAUUCGGAGCCGAUCAACCAUUUAAUGCCGAUCGAGUUUUCAUUCAUCGAUUGGGUCCGAAAGGCAUUCCUACUCGACAAAUCAAUGCGAGCAACUUGAGCAAUGCUCUUGCCGAUUUGCUCCACAAUUAUCCAAUUUAUCGUCAGAAUGCUCAAAAAAUCGGUCCUUCAAUUGAACAAGAAGAUGGUCUUCGUCAGUGUAUCAAUUUAAUUGAACAACAGUUGAAACAAUGA